AGAGGAUGAACAAAUCGAGUGGUGAAUUCGAUAAAUACAUGGAAAAAGGAAACACAAGUUGUGAUUCUCAAGACGAUAACGAAUUUUAAGAAAAAUUAUUCAUUUUGUAUAUCAAGAAAUAAGGAUAUAGUCUGUUGAACAUGCCUAGGUCAAAUACUUCUGAUUAUGACGAGGAUGAGCAAGAUAUAGUAGCUCAAUAUGAAAAUCAAGAAUCACACGAAGAUCAGAGUAGUUUUCAAAGAAACGAUGAUUUUGGUUCAGAGAAGGAAGAUGAGGAAAAUAAGGAUGAAGAUACUUCUAGGAGAAUUGACCCGCCAACAACCAAAAAACAUGUAGUGAGAAAUCCUUUGCCAAAAUUAAAUACAGAACGUUUGAAGGGUCCUAAAGGAAUUCAUACUAUUGAAAAAUAUUUUGAAGGAUUUAAGUUUUAUGGAAAAGGUCAUGAGAAAACAGACUUGGAUAGAAUUAUGAAAAGAUUGGAGCACUGGGGACAUAGACUAUUUCCCAAAUUCGAUUUUGAUGAUUUUCUUGAAAAAGUAGAAAAAUUAGGCACCAAAAGAGACCUUCAAGUAUUUAUACACAAAUACAGACUUGAUAUGAUCAAUGAGAAUGAGGAUAUUAUUCUUGAGGAUAAUAUGGAUGCAGAAGAAGAACAAGAACAGGUCGAACCUAUUGACGAAUUCGACUUAUUAAUUGCAGAACAAAUAGAAAAACAAAAGAGAGUUACGCAUCAGUCAGUGUCAGAUUUAUCUACAAAUAGUACUGACGCAUUUAACAAAUUAUUAUCAACGUCCAAUGCCUCUGAAGUGUCUACAGCUUCUCAACUAACUCCUACUAUACUUUCUCAAUCAGAACCUACUACAUCUCAACUAACUGAUGAAGUAAAGGAACGUAUAGAAAGAAAUAGGCAGCAAGCUAUUCAGAGAAAAAUUGAAAAACUGAAUAAGAAAUUAGAAGAAGUUAAGAAAAAGAAACUCGAAGAAAAAGCAAAUGCAGAAAGUGGUGAAACAACAAAUUUGGAAAGUCAGGUGCUCACAACUAAUUUGCAAGAAACAUAUGAAUGUUAACCUUAAUAUAAGAAUACAACUUUAACAACUAUUCCAUAAUUUCAUAUUAUAAAAG